AUGGCCGCGAGGACUCUGUUUAAAUGGUCGAACAAAAUCACUACUUCGCAAGUCGAGCGGCUGCUACGAGCCGAGAAGGACGUGCAGAAGGCCCUGCGGAUAUUCGACUCCGCCACCGCCGAGUACAGCAAUGGGUACAAGCACGACCGCUCCACGUUUCACAUCAUGAUCUCCAAGUUACUCUCCGCGAAUCAAUUCAGGCCGGCCGAGGAGAUGCUGAGCAGAAUGAAGGUGGAGAAGUGUCGAAUCACGGAAGACAUUUUCCUGGCUAUAUGCAUGGCAUAUGGUCGGGUUCACAGGCCAGAGGAAACCAUCAGGGUUUUCCGUGCGAUGGACGGAUUUGAUUGCCAACCGACGGACAGGUCCUUCGUCACUGUGCUCUCGGAGUCUCGGUACUCGCCGACGAGGGCCGGGUGA